AUGGGUAUCGAUACUCCUGAUGGCAACUACAAUCGCGACAUAGCAUGUUUUUUGGUUACGAAACACUCUUGGAAAGGGAGGUAUAAGAGGAUCUUUUCGAUAGGGACGCUUGCUGUUUCAACAUACAACCCAACGUCUCUGGAAAUUACAAAUCAGUGGAAAUAUGAGGAUUUUGUUAACAUUAAACCGGCACCACGAUCAACUGCUCAAGGAAGUGACGAGUUUAUUAUCCAAGUGAGGUCGAAAAAGAAAAGUGAUACUCUUCGCUUCUCCUCGGAGAAUAUUCUGGAUAUAUUAACGGAGACCUUGCUACAUCAACCCCGAUUUGCAGAUGCUAAAACUGUUAAUUAUAAAUGUACUGGUUACAAACACGAUUGGUCAGGAAGAAGGGUUCCAGUAAUUCUCCGAAGCACGGUGUGUUGCUUGCAGCAAAUUGAUAAUCGUCAGUCGGUUGUGGCGACAUACAAGUACAAAGAUAUUCGUCAAAUUGUGAAGAUGGAUAAUUAUCCUGGUGGCUUCGUGGUGGAUAUUGGGGAGCAGAAACGUCGGCACUUAUUCGCUUCUGAAAAUUAUGAGGAGUUGAUAUCUUCGAUCCGGAACUUAGCAGCAGAAUAUAUCGGCAUAACAGUGCCACUCGUAAAGGAAAAAUUAGUAUUAGAGGACUAUAUUACCACUCGCCUUGGUAUGUGCAGUUCUGAUGAGCAUUUGAUGUCUUACGUUGAAUUCAAAGUACAAAAGUUUACGCCUAGACAAGACUGCCCUGUAAGACGGUUGUUGUGCCUUAGUGAAACUUGCAUAGUUGAACGCGACCCGCCGACAUAUAGUGUUGUUUGUGCUCAUUUCCUCAAAACGAUUGUAUGCCUAACAAGGGACAAUAAUGAUCAGCAGAAAUUCACUAUCGAAUAUGAUACGGGUGAAUGCCGAAUUUAUGCAGCCGCAGAGCGCGAUGCAAUACUGGCUUCUCUUGUGGACGGUUCUCGCGCUUCAGGGAAUCGCGAAAUUUUUGUAGUAGGAUAUAAGUUUGAUCGUUCUCUGCGUAUAUUACCCCACAAGUUUCUAUUAGAUGAGGAUAGCGAGCUCCAGUGCAUGAGGUUUAUUGUGUCACCUCCACCUGGUUUGAGAAGAUAUGAUCUCAUCAGGAGGUUUAAUGCUAACAUACCGUACAAUGGAUUCACAUAUUCAGCUCCUCAAGAAGGAUUUUUUACCGAAAACAAGGGAAAAUUGAUUGUUUCUUGUAUUGAUAACGUGUUAUGUGAAUCGUACCCAGCCAACGAAGCUGAUUCUCUUUUUAAAUGUGAAGCUCAGAUGCAUUGCUUACAUCGUCUUUUUGCAUCAAAGUCUGGUUUUCAAGCAUUUACUGCUGUUACAGGGAUAAGAGAGAAGCUCGGAAGUUUAGUGGUAAAUAUGCUUAACAGGAAGAGUGAAGCAGUUGAUUAUGCCUGUGUUGAGAUGCUGUGUUCAUUAAUGCAACCAAUGCAUGCAAAUUACGAACUAAGGCUGGAGCAACUAAAUAAACAGUCAUUACUCUCUAGCAAACCAUUUGUAGAACAUCUGUUAAAUCUCAUCGUAAACCAUGUAGAGCGUGGGACCGGUUCGCUUGUUAUAGCAAGUAUGUUGGAUUUUUUAACUUAUGCGGUAUGCGCGCCUUUUAGCGAAACUACGCCUGGUGACAUUUUUGAUUCCAUCCUUGAGUUGGUCGCAGCACGUGGUCGACAUUUCUACAGUUUGUUUCAAUCCCCAUCAAUGACUAUCGUCAAAGGAGCAGGAAUGGUAAUGAGAGCGAUAAUCGAAGAAUCAAGUCCUGAAAUCUCGAAACAGAUGCAAAUUUUGUCCUUGACUGAAGGGGCUUUCCUAAAGCAUUUGCAUAUGGCACUCCUUUCUACUGGACGGGAUCUUAGAGUUUUGACUAAUCGCCAACUUAGCGGUCAUUUAAUUGCAUUAUGGAUAGCAAACAAUCCGGACGCAUUGGAUCUUCUAGCAAGAUGUCUUCCUCGUGGGCUUCUUGAUUACCUGGACUCUUUGGAACAGCCUAAUGUGUCGGAAGCUGAUUUGUUGUUACAGCGUAACAAUCUUGAACAAGCGACGCUUGAAGCGAAACAAAGUCAUUUAAUGGAGCAACUUCAACACAUGCAGGUUACCUUGGAGGCCAAGCUAGAGCAGCUUUUGCAGCAUUGGAACCUUGAGCAGAAGCUUUCUUUCUUACCUAAAAAAGAGGAUAAGACUCAGAGGCCUGUGGUUUUGCGUAAACGCCGACAAAGAGUGAAAAGCAGUGUCAACUGGAAAAUGUUUUGUUAUCAGUUUGGGCAGGAUCACGCAAAGGCCAAUCUUAUCUGGAAUGAAAAAACUAGAGAAGAGUUUCGUCGUGCAGUUGAGGACGAAACACGUUUGCUAGAACAGGAGAAGGAAAUGACGGGUUCUAAUGUGCAAAUUUCAUGGAACCACGCUGAGUUUCAGACUAAUUACGCUUCUUUGUCUGAUGAAGUGAAAAUCGGUGACUAUUAUCUGAGGUUAUUAUUACAAGAAACUGAAUCUACCGCCACUCCUAUACAUAAUCCAAAUGAGUUUUUCAACAAUGUUUAUCAUCGAUUUCUGCUUUCCGCAAAAAGUGAGAUGCGUUGCCUAUGUUUAAAAGCUCUAGCAGUUACUUAUGGACGUCAUUACGAACUUAUUGGGCCAUUUCCCGACUCAAAAUACAUGAUUUCUAUGCUUGCAAAGUGUACAAAUGCUUCAGAAAGAGAUCAUUUGGUUCUGCUCAUAAGCAAAUUAGUUCUAAACAGAGAAAACGUGCGUGAAAUUCUUUCUGCUGGAGCACUUCCACUACUAGUUGAUUUAGCUGUUCUAGCUCAUUUACAUACCACACGAGCUCAGGUUCAUAACCAGAUACAAUCAAAUUUAAUUGAAGCAGCAACAAGGUCAGAAAAUAAUGAGUCUUUGGAAUGGUAUUAUACGGACAAAAGUGGACAGCGACAUGGACCGUUCACAUUCCAAAAGAUGAAAGAGUUGUAUCAAGAGAAACAAAUCUUUGAAAGGACUCAAGUUUGGGCUCAAGGAAUGGAGCAGUGGGCCUCUUUAUCUUCUGUGCCACAGUUCCGUUGGACGCUGUGCGGGUCUUCUGGGGGUAACACCCUCUAUAAUUUUUCCGAACUUUGUGCGGUUAUAUUGGAUCUGCUAAUACAAAUGUGUUCAUUUUUUCCAUCUCGUGACGAGGAUAAAUGCGUAAUUAGACCUUUACCUCAAAUUAAACGUGGUCUUUCGGAACCUGUAUUAAUGUACCAGUUAGUACAGCUUUUACUAACGUAUGAUCCAGCAAUUGUGCAGCGCGUUGCAGCACUUUUUCUUCAUGUAAUGGAGGAUAAUCCGUUUUUAUCACGUUUGUAUCUUUCUGGUAUAUUUUUUUUUAUUCUCAUGUACAACGGUUCAAAUGUAUUACCAAUCGCUCGCUUUUUAUAUCACACUCACAUGAAACAAGCAUUCCGAUCGGUUGUGGCCAAAUCCGAAUUUGCAUCUCGUAGUGUGUUGUCGCCACUCCUUCCCGAAGCUUGCAUUUUUUAUCUCGAGGAAUAUGGUCCUGAAAAAUUCGCUCAAGUUUUCUUGGGAGAAUUUGACAAUCCAGAAAUCAUAUGGAAUGCUGAAAUGAGGAGACAUUUAAUAGAGAAAAUUGCACUGCAUGUUAGUGAUUUUUCUCAUCGACUUCCUUCGAACAUCAAAGUGCUCUACCAGUAUUGCCCUAUCCCAUCCGUUGACUAUCCCCAGCUAAAAGAUGAACUUUUUUGCCAUGUUUAUUACUUAAGGCAUUUAUGCGAUCAGGCAAAAUUUCCUAACUGGCCUAUUCGUGAACCGGUGGAGUUUUUACGAUCGUGCCUCGAGACAUGGCUAGAAGAAAUUGAGAAGAAACCUCCGGCCAUGUCUUUGGAACAGGCUUACAAGACUUUGGGCCUUACUUUUAGUGAGAAGGGCAACAGAGAUAUGUCUUUAGUGCGGCGUGCUUACUACCAGCUUGCUCAAAAAUACCACCCAGAUAAAAACCCUAAAGGGCGCGAAAUGUUUGAAAAGAUAAAUUGCGCCUACGAAUUAUUAACCUCUAAUUUGGCUUCUACGUCUCUGGACCCAGACAUUCAACGAAUUGUUAUCUGUUUGCAAGCUCAAUCUAUUGUUUAUUCAAGGCAUGCAGGAGAACUUGCACCGUACAAGUACGCUGGAUAUAGCUAUUUGAUACGGACAAUUGAUCUGCAAGCCAAAGAAGAUACGCUGUUCGUCAAAGAAGGUGGAGGUCUUCUUUGCGCUGCAGUAGAACUGUGCCAUCAUACCUUAGCUUGUUCGCCGCUAAAUGCGGAGCAGUUGCGAAGGGAUUCAGGGCUUGAGUCUUUACACAGUGCUUUCGAUCGAUGCUGUCCAAUGGUCAACCUUAGUUCCAAAGAAGAAGACAUGCCAGUUCAGGUCUGUUUUCACAUAUUGAAUUGCUUUGCUACCGCUGCACGUUUCGAAGGUUGUCGAGAAAAAAUAACCGAUAUGUCAACUGUGUUUACUAAUGUUUGUCGUUUGUUACAAUUUGAGCACCUGACUCGGCUAUCUUCAGCUGCAGCAGAAUGUGUAUGUGCUUUUGCAGUUUGUACCUUGCUGCAGAUGCGACUUUUUCAAGCGGGUGUUUUGUGGCAACUACUUCCUCACCUUUUUCACUAUGAUUUCACUCUUGAUGAAGGAGGAGUCGAGCAUACCGAAGAAACGAAUAAGCAGGCUUUGCGAAAUAGGCUCGCUCGAUCGAGCUGUGAAGCCUUGGCAUGCCUUGCUGGUUAUAGAGAAGCUACUCCGGAGAAUGACGGUGUUCAAAAAAGCCUGAAGGCAAUGUUGACUCCUUUCGUAUGUAGAUCCAUGUGUAACAACACAAACGACUAUGUAUUAAGGCUAUUAAAUAGUAAUGUCGAAGAUCCAUACAUAAUUUGGGACAACGGGACACGUGCAGAAUUGCUUGAUUAUGUAGAAAGACAUCGCACAAACAAAACUUCUGAAAUUCAGGAUGUAGCAUAUCUUGCCCCAGCUUCAGCAAAACAUUUUAAAAAUGACUUUUUUGGAGCUGAAUUCCGUUCAAGCAUUCACGCAAAAGAACUGAUUGUUGGGGAUGUUUUUAUAAGAAUUUAUAACGAGCAACCAAAUUUUGUAUUGCUGGAGCCAAAGAAAGUUUGCAUGGACCUUUUGGAAUUUUUGGAAAGCUCCAGUAUGGAAAUUUUUGGUGAUGCUGAACAAAAGAAGAAGAACGAGGAGAUUGCGAACGCUCAGGAUACCCUGAUUGACUGGGGAGUUGAAGUUUCUGAAAAUUGCUGCUCCUUGGAUUUGGUUGAAAAUUCGAGGGCCUGUCUGGAAGCACUUGCCAAUGUACUUUCUGCAAAUAUAGGUGUUGAGAUCCUGCUCAUUGGUCAUUUUCCCAAGUUGUUUAAGUUCCUUAAGUUAAGAAAUGAACAGGAGAUUCAAAAGAAUAGUUUAAAAGUGAUAUCGCUUUCGGCGAACAAUCGCGAGUGUGUUAACGACAUUGCUUCAUCAUCACAGCUUUCUUUGAUAUUUGGUCUCCUUAUGCAAGAAGAGAGCGAAAUGCGCACUUUGGUUUUCCAGACAAUGCUCGCUUUAUCUUCUAAUGUAACAAUAGUGAAAGAAUCUCUUGAGUGUGGAGGGUUACUGUAUAUGUUAAGAGUGCUACUCGAUAGCCGCGCCUCUGUGGAAGAUCGUAUUAGUGCUGCAGAAGUACUUGCAAAGUUGCAGAGUGAUAAACUGACAGGGCCAAGAUGGAGUCGUUUCAUCACUCGUUAUAUCCCUCCUAUCUUUACGGAUGCAAUUCGUGACUCUGCUAGCACAGCCUUGUUUACUUUGCAAAAAAACGAUCCAGGCGUUAAAUGGAAUGCGGGUGGUCCCAACGAAAAAUGCGCAUACGAAAAUGUUAUGUCAGGAGAGCUGGUUGUUGGAGGGGUUUUUCUUCGUCUUUUUAUUGCCAACUCUUCUUGGCAAGUUCGUCAUCCUAAGCAGUUUGCUACCGAGUUACUAGAACGUCUUCUGGAUUGCAUGGCAAAGCCAGACCCCGAAUUAGAAAUUGUUACAAAAGCUUUCGUUGCACUUGUCGUUAACCAUCCAACAAUUGCUGAUCAAUUCCCUGCUCAGGGUUAUUUGCCACAGUUUUGCAACGCCAUGUCAGGUGCUGGUCCUGAAGCAUCACGUUCCGCAAUUCUUGUUUUGUCUCAUCUCGCUGAAAAUUCGUACUGUGCGGAUUCUCUGUCAAAACUGGGUUGCAUAAAUGGCAUUUUGAAAACAAUGAAGAAUCAAACCAGUAUGGUGCGAGAAGCAGCACAUGCCCUAAAGUGCAUGUUGAAACAUAAUUGUUCUGAACUCGCGGGACAAAUGCUUUCGAGCGGUAUGAUUGAGUAUUUACUGAAAUUACUUGGCGACGAUAUGCAAGGAGUCGAUAAUCCAGCGGCAGCCAAAGCUGAAAUAGUAGAUGGCUUGAAAAACGUUUGUCUUGACUUACAGUACGGAGAAAAAAUUAGUUUGAUGCUGAAUAAAUCUCCAAUUUGGGCUCAGUAUCGCGAUCAACGCCACGAUCUUUUUCUGCCUGUUUCGCGUACACAGGCUAUUGGUGGUGAGGAUUCAUUUUUUUCAUCUUGCCUUAAUAUAACUGUUUCAGGAACCGGCGUUGCUGGUUACUUGACUGAAGGAAUGUUUAAUGCACCAUCAAACUCUAGUGUUCCUCCGGAGAUUUCUUAA